AGUUGAUCUUUCCCAAUUUAAACAAACUUACGUUUCUCUCUUCAUAGAAAAAGCUCAAACCCCAUACAGAAUCACACAAAAAUGGCAUCCAACAGAUCUGAAUCUAUCCCGGCCGAUGCGGCGGAUUCGAAUGGAGGUCGCCGGAAAGUAGCUCUGAUCACCGGCAUUACUGGUCAAGACGGCUCGUACCUUACCGAAUUCCUCCUUGACAAAGGCUACGAAGUCCACGGUCUAAUUCGCCGAUCCUCCAAUUUCAACACGCAACGCGUGAAUCACAUCUAUAUCGAUCCACACAACGUUCACAAGGCGCGUAUGAAGCUCCACUACGCUGACGUCACCGACGCGUCAUCACUCCGGCGUUGGCUCGAUACGAUUCUCCCCGACGAAGUCUACAACCUCGCCGCACAAUCUCACGUCGCCGUCUCUUUCGAGAUCCCCGAUUACACCGCCGACGUCGUCGCCACCGGUGCUCUCCGUCUUCUCGAAGCUGUCCGUUCUCACAUUUCCGCUACUGGUAGGUCCCACAUCCGGUAUUACCAAGCCGGUUCAUCCGAAAUGUUCGGAUCUACUCCUCCGCCCCAGUCCGAAACUACGCCGUUUCAUCCUAGAUCGCCUUACGCUGUAUCCAAGUGUGCUGCGCAUUGGUACACCGUUAAUUACCGUGAAGCCUAUGGGAUCUUUGCCUGUAAUGGUAUUCUUUUCAAUCAUGAAUCCCCUAGGCGGGGCGAGAACUUCGUGACCCGGAAGAUCACUCGGGCUGUUGGUCGGAUCAAAAUUGGGCUACAGAGCAAGCUGUUUCUGGGUAAUUUGCAGGCAUCCAGGGACUGGGGUUUUGCCGGGGAUUACGUGGAAGCAAUGUGGAUGAUGCUGCAGCAAGAGAGGCCGGACGACUACGUGGUGGCGACGGAGGAGUCGCAUACGGUGGAGGAGUUCUUGGAGGUGGCAUUCGGAUACGUUGGAUUGAAUUGGAAGGAUCAUGUGGUGAUUGAUAAGAGAUACUUUAGGCCUACAGAAGUGGAUAAUCUAAAGGGAGAUUCGAGCAAGGCGAGAAAGGUUUUGGGUUGGAAGCCCAGAGUCGGGUUCGAGCAAUUAGUGAAGAUGAUGGUGGAUGAGGAUGUUGAGUUGGCCAAAAGAGAGAAAGUUCUUGUUGAUGCUGGUUACAUGGAUGCUCAACAACAGCCUUGAUUCAUCACAUUAUUAGGUUUUCUCUAUUUUCACACUUCCAUUUGCAGUUUUAAGAGCGGCAUCAUCAUGCUAUUUUGUAUUGUUAGUUGGUUUUUGUAUGACGGUGAGUUCGGGCCAACUUACCCCUACCUCAACGGGUACCUGCUACCUCACGCAGCAAAGAUAUCGGAAAACUUUGUUCUAAUUCCGUCCACUAAAGCUUAGGCAAAUAGAAAGAAACGUCUUUUAUUCUUUUGCAGAAGUACUUGCUAUUGUGUAUUGUUAUUGUUUUUCAUUAAAAUACGAUCAUAUUGUAUGAGUUGUCAAAAAAUUUGAGAACAAAAAUUUCAUCUUUUAUGUAGUAA